AUGAGGUUACGAUCUUUAAAAUGCAAGAGACGCGUCACAAAGCGUCUGUGGAACGUGCAAACCGCUCGCGCCAUUUCUUUGGUAAACUCCGAGAGGAGACGCUACAACUCGGGCCGAGUUCGCGGUUCAACUAAACUACUAACUGGUAACGAAGUUGGCUCCGGCGUCAAGACGACAAUAGUUCGCGAGUUAACAAUAUUGCCGGCCGACUCCGCACUACUAGCGAGGACCUGCGAAGACGCCAGCCGAGUUAUAACGACCCUGUAUGUGGCGCAAAGCAGUCGGGCGAAGUUCGGCGUCGGC